CCGGAUUGGCUAAUGAGAGGUGCGACAUUGGCAACCCCUUGCUCAGAUCAAUUCGCAGGUACAUUAAAUUACCUCAGGUGCCCCUUGUAACAGGUAGGUAGAGGUACCUAGGUAAGGUACCUACGGGCAAAUACAGGUACAGUACGUUAGGUAGCUGUGGUGGUCAUACAGGUGGUAUUGUGUGCGAGUGCAUCCGGGUGUACCUCCUAUAAGUUCCAAAUCCAGCCCUACCUCAGGUGGAUGCUCUGCCGAGGCGGGUGGGACGGUACCUACGUGUACAUGCUUGCCGAUGGAGGUACCUAGGUAGGCAGGUACUGUGUAGGUAUAUUAUGUCAGACUAGAAGUACCUCGGUAUGUCAUCGCGAAUACAAAUAAAAAUAGGGACUAUUUCGAGCUCGAGACCGGUGACUCAACGAUAGGCAGGCAGGUCACCCAUUUCGAUGGCUGUACUCACAUCUUGUCGUGAUGUCUAUGCUUGUUAAAGACACCAUCCGGGCAUUCCGCCUCCUGUCUCCCCCUCUCCUCCCUACAUCUUCCUCUCAUCGUUCCCUCCUCUGCUCGCGAUUCUCCUCCUCGAGUGCCCGCAACUUCAACGUCGUCGGUUCGGGGAUGGGUGGCCCUCUAUAUAUCGACGGCCGAACGGGAGAAGGCGGCGGCCAGCUCAUUCGAAUCGCCUGCGCGCUGGCCGCGGUCACGUCGCACCCUAUCCAUAUCAGACACGUGAGAGGAAAUCGGGGAGGGAAACAGGGUGGUGGAUUGAAAGCGCAGCAUGUGGCGGCCAUUAAAUGGUUAGCGGAAGCGACCAAUGCCCAGGUGGAUGGACUAGCAGUCGGCAGCCAUACCUUCACGUUCCAGCCAUCAUUGCCCCCAACGGCCCUCAAAGAACGGAAAUUCCAGAUCGUUGCCGGGAACGAUAGCUCCAGCACUCUGCUGGUCUUCCAGGCUGUCUUUCCCUUUCUCUUGUUUGCCGGGAAUGGGCACGGAGACCCGAUCGAGCUCGAGAUCCACGGCGGCACGAACACGUCUUUUUCGCCAUCGUACGAGUACUUUGAUCAGGUAUUGCUGCCAGCUUUGCAAGACAACUUCGGUAUCAAUGUGGAAAGGCAGCUUAUAAAACGAUCGUGGACGAAAGGUCCUCAUACGCGGGGCAGUAUCUGGCUCAAGUUUCAACCUCUCGCACCAGGCCAGCCGUUGACGCCCCGGGUGCCCUGGGACAAACCUAUUAGCACCGAAGACUUCCAAGUCAAGCAGAUUGAUAUUAGCAUAUUAGUACCACAUGAGCUCCAAGCGCCCCUGACAGUAGCUCUCACGCAAGACUUAAAUCAAUUGUUCCCGGCUGUCGACGUCGGCGUCGUGGUAAUGGAGGAUAGCGGGCAUAAAAGCCGGAUAUACACAUUGCUGGUCGCUCACUCGGAGACGGGCCUACGUUGGGGCUGUGACUAUAUGCACGAAAAGUGUUUGAGCAAGCAGAUGAUGCCCGAAGAUAUGAGCUCAAGGGUCUCCGCCGCAGUCUGCAAGCGCCUUCGCAAGGAGCUCGAGGCUCGAGGGACCGUCGAUGGGCACCUACAAGACCAGCUUGUCGUGUUCCAAGCAUUAGCAGACGGCAGAACAAGCUUCUAUGGAAGCACCGAGUCGGCAAGGGAAGACGUGGGUAGUGGAGGCUCCGGAGAUACAGACGCCUUAGGUUCAUCCUCCAACGACCCCCAACUCGAGAAGGAAAUGAGACAGGAUAAACCAGAUAGUCCGUUCGGAGAAGGGCUUACCCACACCAUCACGGCGAGGUGGAUAGCCAGCAAGCUGCUGCCCACCGUGCGCUGGUUCAACCAAGGGCGCAUUUGCGACGGUGCCAGCGUAUCCUUCCCCCAAACUGGAAAGUGAAACAUGUAUCAACAUAUACCCUUCCUCCAGAAAGCCUCGGUUGUAAGACGACUCGUUCUCGUCAUUCAAUGGCGAUACCUGCACGGUAUACGACAGGUUGCUGUUUUCUCUUUUCGUGCGAUAGUUGUACUAUUACCAUAUCCAUCCCCAACGUGAGGGAUUGACGUAUAAAUGACCCUAUAAAGGAUGGGUAGUCAUGCGGUCAGGAAAUUCCAACCCUCUGGCAUUUCCAUUCUAUGCCGUCGAAAUGGCGCCUUGUGAGGCACAGCAGGCUGGCUUUGCGAUUCCUAGAAUCAUUACAAGGACGGCCCUCCGCGAAAAGAAAAUAAAAAGGACAAUGUUACAUGUCAAUUGCAACAUUAAUACAAUGGCUAAGUAAGCCUUUACUGACACAUCGAAAAGAAUUGCAAAGCUCGGUUGCCCAGAACCUAAUUGAUGUGGGAA